AUGUCAUUGCCUACUCCUAAGCGGAAGCGCCAUAUGCAACAACCAAAUUUGAAUCAAGAUAUUAUCACAGAAAUCCUUAAAAGGCUGCCUGUGAAGUCUCUUCUGCAAUUUAGGUGUGUUUCAAAAGAUUGGCGUGAUUUAAUCUCGUCUCCAGAAUUUGUCAAAUUACACCUACAUUUUCGAUCGAAAAAGGAUAAUAAGGUCAUGACAUAUAGCAGGUUAAAUUGGUUUAUUAGUCGUACGUCCUUGUUUUCUAUUACAGAAAACAAGCAAUCAUCAUUUGGCAAGUUUAUUACAUAUGACCGCUCAAUCUUUACCCCAGAAGAUGGUUUCGAAUUUUUGGGUUCUUGCAAUGGGCUUUUUUGUUUCCGUGCUAAACCGUAUAGAAUAAUCAUUUGGAACCCUUCAUCGAAUGGAAACAUCAAGAGAAUCCCAGAUGUCUGGAAGUUAGGCUACAUGGGCAUUUUUGGAUUUGGAUACGACGAGCAUAAUGACGACUACAAGGUUGUUUAUGCUUAUUGUGCUAAGUACGGUGAUGAGAAUGUUGUUAUGGUAUACAAUUUUAAGCAUGGGUCAUGGAAACGAAGUGAAAGAGGGCUUAGUACUACUGGGUUUGUUAAUCCAGGAAUUGCUGUGUUUGUGAGUGGUAGUCUCAACUGGUGCAACAACAACUUUCAAGGUAGUGACUGGAAUUGGAAUAUAAUUUCUUUCAACUUAACCACUGAAACUGCCAAAGCUAUAGCUUUACCCAGGCAUGAACAUGGGGUCGCUAUUUGUAUAAGUGAAUCUAGAGGAUUGCUUUUUGCAGGUUUUCAUCACAAACGUCAAAUGGAAGUUUGGGUGAUGAAUGAGUAUGGAGUUCAAGGAUCGUGGACUAAACUAGUCUGCAUUUCAAACUUACCAUUUCAUCAUCCACUUCCCCGGGAUGUUGAGAACACUGCAUACAUCGAUAUAUGUAAUGCUAGACUCGCAAUUGCACAUGUUUCUGAAAAUGGGGAUAUUCUAAUCAAGGUUGGACAUCAGCUAAAGCUCCAUAGGCCUAAUGCUAAAGGGGGUAAGAAUUUUAAUAUCUGCUAUGCUCAUGUUUAUAUGGUAACUAGUUACAUGGAGACCCUUGUUUCACCGGCCAUGAUCGGUCCGUAA